AUGGCUGCUGGAAAGGAACACUCGCGCUCAGUUGGCUGGAUCGUGGAUAUGGGCUACGAUUUUCCAGCGCAUGUCCGAGACCUGAUUGCAAGCUGGGAUACGCAUUGCGUCUUUAGGGAGGACCCGGACAGGCAAACCACCAAGGGCUGGAACGGCUACGAGGCUAAUGAGAAGAGAGUCUUCAAGUACCUUACGCCGAAAAUCCGUAUCGGCCCCCAGUCACUUACGCCGGAGCUAGUCCUUUCAAACACGUUCCAUAUGUCAUGCUCUGCAGACAGGUGCUAUGACAUAGUGCAAGGGAUACUUGAAAGGAGGCGCGAGUUAAGUGAGGAACACAAGUUGGAACUACGACGACCAAUAUUUGUCUGGGAGCCAUUCCCAGAUUCCUGUCGUCCCGAGGAGCUCUCGGGGUUUUACGAGGUCAUUCGUCAUGUAGACGUGGUGAGCCCGAACGAGCUUGAGAUGGGAAGCUACUUUGGCAAUUCCUCGUGGCACGUUGACAACCCUAGGGACCAAGAGCUAUCUCGAUCGGUUGUCCGGUCGGGUAUCGGGAUAGACGGAAACGGGGUACUGGUGGUGCGGGCCGGACGAGAAGGAUGUUAUGCCUUUUCUCGGGGCGACCAGCUGGCACUGCCUGCAUAUCUGAACUCGAGAGUAGUAGAUCCCACCGGUGCAGGAAACGCGUUUCUGGGAGCCCUCUGCCAGGUCCUCGCGGGGUCCAACCAGGCUCCCAUUAAAGCAGCCCGCGAAAUCAUGGAUGAAUCGGAGGACUGGAGAGCAGCUUGCGUCACAUGGGAUGACAGGGAGAACGUCCUGGCUGGACUGAUAUGCGCCACAGUCGCAGCUAGCUAUGUAAUCGAGCAAGUAGGCGUCCCUGUCCUAAGCUGCUCGCCCGAAGGCGAGGAAUACUGGAACGGCACGAGUUAUGUUGCGCGGACACCGUUAGAAUAUUUUGGUCCCAAUGUAUGCUUCGUAGGUGCGUCCAUACCAUCGGCUGGGGAAGAAACGGCCUGGCUCUGGGAACUUGUUUCGGAAUUCGUGCUCCGCGCUGUAGUUGAAGAGCAAUGCGGCAAACCCGAGGGCGGUAGUGCCGAUAACGAACGUAUUGAACUUCCAGUUGGAGGGCUGAGCGUACCAGCCGCCCGCGGGCGACCAGACCCGGGGAACCGCCAAUUGGACGGUCGAGACGGCAGAGAGGGCAAAGAGAGCAGCGAGCGCACCGGAUCUUUGGACCUCCACCCAUUUUCAAAGCUGUGCGGCCGGACAACGAGCGCGAUGUGGUGUAUCUGCGUGCAAAGGAGUGCGAGAUGUCUCUCCUCCGUGGCCGCGCCAGUCGUUCCAGACCAUGACCUUCCUCCUCUCUCCCACAACAUUCGAACUCCAAGCCCGCCGCUCGCAUCUGCAGUGGAUUUCAUAGCUUCGCCAAAGCUUUCGUCACUCCAUGCUCGACUCUCGUUACCAGAGCGACUACCGCUCCAAACGCUGGCUCGCACCCUAAUCGAUGCCUCCGCUGACACCUCGACUCAAUUUAACAACCAUUCCUUCUCCGUCCUUGGUAAUGACCUCCUCUCAUACUACACCACCGAACAUCUCAUCUGCCAAUACCCACGGCUCCCAAUGUCGGUACUCUGGACAGCAUUGUACGCAUACAUAGGGCCAAAGGCAUUGGCUGUCGUGGCUCGUGAAUGGGGCGUUGAGCACGCAGCCGAGCCAGGCAGCGAGGUUGAUCCUGCCUACCUCCAGUUCAGGAUAGCGGACCAGGAAACAUUAGAUAAGGAGAGCGAACAGGUGCCUCCGGGCAUAUCCCGCGCCCCCUUGCCCGGCGAGAAGUUUAGGCGAGGGCUAGGCUCGCUGUUUGUAAACGACAGCGAAUUCACCGAGGGUCGUGACUUCAAUCCAAACUCCUACGGCGACCCCAUCACACCAACACAGGCCUCUGCAAACUUCGUCCGUGCGUUGAUGGGUGCCAUAUACCUCCACGGAGGACGGCCUGCCGCGAAGACCUUCUUCGAAGAACACUUCAAGACCCGCCAAUUACCAAUUGCUGAUCUCUUUGGUUUCUCGCAGCCCACACGCGACCUCUCAAAACUGUGCAAGCGCGAAGGAUUCGAGGCUCCCGUGGCCAAGAUUAUCAGCGAAACGGGUCGAAUGAGCAGACACCCUGUGUAUAUCGUCGGCAUCUACUCCGGCAAGGAUAAACUCGGCGAAGGAGCUGGUGCAAGCUUAUCUGAGGCUCGCGUCAGGGCAGCCGUCGCCGCGUUGAAGAGUUGGUACCUCUACAGCCCACUCAAUGCCAGAGUCCCCAGCUCAAUGGAAGAAGAGGGCGCGCAGCCAUGGAAACGAGCACACAUCGAUCCGGGAGAGAUCAUUGUUUAA